AUGCGCAUCUCUCCAAUUGCUACGCUUGGCUUCACACCAGCAGGCAUUUGGGCACAGGAUGUCUUCGAGCCGCCGAACUUCAAUGUCACCCAGGCUUUGUUAGACCAUGGAGUGAAUGUCUCAGUCAUACCUGACGUCGCGGGAUUAGCGGGACGGUCUCUUUCUAGUGGUUGUUCUCUUGCUUGCAAGUCGCUCAAUCUCACGUUCGGGAACACCAAAGUCGAAUACCAAGGAGAUCCCGCAUAUGACGCCGUGAUCAGGUACUUCUGGUCGUCGCAACAACAAGAGCCAAAACCACACUGCGUCUUCAAGCCUGAAAAAGCAGCCGACGUCUCUAUAGUAGUACUACUCUCUCGUCUCACACAAUGUCGUUUCGCCGUAAGAAGUGGAGGCCAUGCUGCAUUCGCCGGUGCUUCGAGUGCUGAUGGCGGUAUCACCGUCAGCUUUGAAAAGAUGAAGCAGAUUAGUCUCUCCGAGGACAAAAAGGUCGCUUCUAUCGAACCUGGAAACCUCUGGUUCGAUAUAUACACCACGCUGGAUAAAGACCACCUUGCCGUAGUAGGAGGUCGCGUCUCCGGUAUAGGCAUUGGAGGCCUGACAACGGGCGGUGGCAUCUCCUACUUCACAAAUCAGUACGGGUGGGCAUGCGACAACGUCGCUUCUUUCGACAUCGUUACCGCAUCUGGCCUCAUUGUUAACGCGUCCCCAUCUUCUCACCCAGAUCUCUACUGGGCCCUCAGAGGUGGUGGCAAUAACUUGGGUAUUGUGACAAACUUUAAUCUAAGAACCUUCGCCCACGGCCCGCAAAUGUUCGGUGGCCAGCGUCGGUUCUUCAACGCCUCCUUCCCUGCUGCCAUUAAUGCGUUCGUCAACCUUGGCGUCAAUGCAGCGGACGACCCUAAAGCUGCGCAAUUUCUUGCAAUUACCAUGAACGCAGCAUCGGGAACAAAAGUCGCCAUCGCAGAACUCGAAUAUGCAGAUCCUGUCCUUGACGCACCCAUAUUUGAAGAGUACAGGAAUAUUCCCGCGUUUGCUGACACCACCAAACUUGAUACCUUGGCCUACUUCACUCAGCAACUCAACAACAGUAAUCCCAAGGGCUACCGUGAAACUUUCUGGACCGCAUCAUCCAAGCUCGACAGAGAGAUGGUCGAAUUCGUCUUCAACGCCUCGUUUGACGAAUUCGCAAAGCUACGCGACGUUGCUGGCAUUAUUCCCGCAAACACCUUGCAAAUAAUCUCCGUCCCAACACUUAAGCAAAUGCAAAAGAACGGGGGGAACACCUUAGGCCUCACACCUUCAGAUGGGCCUGUUUUUCUCAUAAAUCUGAGUACAAGAUGGGACAAAAAAGAGGAUGAUGCACGCGUGUUGAGGGCGAAUGCGAACAUAGUGCAGAAGAUGCUAGAUGAGGCGAAGAGAAGGAACAUGGUGAACGAUUUCUUGUAUAUGAACUAUGCAUCCCAGUUCCAGGAUGUGAUUGGCAGCUAUGGCGAGGAUUCUCACAGGCUGAGGCACGUAGCGAGGCAGUAUGACCCUACUGAGGUGUUUCAGAGACUGCAGCCAGGAUAUUUCAAGCUAAACGGGGCGCCGGAUAAGAAGUGGCUGCAGUAG